AUGUACCGCAUCUACCAUGGUUUAUGCCGUGAAGAAGAGGAACGCUUAGAAGCUGACAGGAGGAUACCUCGAUCAGUGUCAAAUAGCAACACACACGAAAGAUCUAGAGUAUUUGUGAUGAACAUGGAAGCAGAAGUAAAGGUUAAACCAUAUCCAGUCCCGAAGCAUCCCAAGACACACAUGGAGCGAACCGAGUCAAUAAAAGGAGAGACCAAGGAAAUAUCUAAGUUGACAAGGGAACAAGUCAAUCGCCUUGCAGACAGCCAACGUCAGUUAAUCAUUGGUACUUUCGCAAAGAUGGAAGCGAAUCCUGUGAAGAUAGGCCUCAACAUCCUAGUAAAGUAA